CUAAUAUACAAUCUAUAUUGCAACUACUCAACUCUGUCAUUGUAGAACAAAAACAGUCAUAGACAAUAUAUAAAUGGGUGAGUUUGGCUGUUUUCCAGUAAAAUAUUAUUUAAAAAUUAGGCAGUAGCUGGAUUUCGCCACCAGGCAUGUAGUUUGCUGACUGGUGAUUUAAACAUUUCCCUUUUGGAAAUUUUGUUUAUAUUCUGUCAGAUAUUCUCUCCUUUCAAGUAUUUUUUUCGCUCAGUUGAAGUUCAAGAGAAUAAGUACAGGCAUCUUCUCACCUGCCAACCUCAGGGCAAUGCUUCUGGCUUGUCCUGCUGGUGUAAGUUCUGAGGUCCAGAUGAUUUGUCAUCGGGGACUCUCCAGUAAGAGCACUAUGUGGAGCUGCCUGGCUGCCUUGGUUCUCCUCAGCUCCUUUGGUGCUGUGACUUUUCAAGUGUCUGGCUGUGGCUGCCACUUAGCCUCUGCAGGUCCCAUAACCACUUCGUCACAUUAUGGAAAUCUCUGACAAGCUUCCCAGCCACAUCUUCAUCCCACCCAUACCAUAUGUAAAACAAAGGCAAUUUGGGGAACUGUCUCAAGAUCUCAGAUGUGUGACUAUACUGUUGGCUGCUCCUGUGGUUUGUGAGAGAGCCUCAUGCUUCCCUCUUUCAAAUAUUAUCCUAAAUUAUGUGAUACUACCCACUUAGGUCAAAGCCAGAGAACUUCCCUCAAUCUUAAACCUUAAUAUGUUUAAAACCAUUGAACUUUUUUCUCUAAAAAUAAUUGAGUUUGCAUCUUAUACUAUAUGUCAGAAGCUGAAAAUUACAAUCUUCUUUCUCUUCUCAGUCCUUCUCUAAUAAAUCUGAAUUUACUUAUCCUACCCACUGCCAAGGUAGAUUAGGUGACAGGACAGCUGGGAUAAAGGUCUGCAUUGAGAAAGUUCAGAAAGGAAAAUAAUUUAGUUUUCAAACUUUUACUCUGUUACAUGUUAUGUUACAUUUUCCCUACAACAGUCCUCCUAGGUAGGUAUUGUUACAGUCAUCUAGAAAUGAAAAAAUUAAAGUUCACAGAAUUUGCUAAAUAAAGCUUGACAAGCUACUAUAUAAGAAAUCAGAAGAUGUAUCUGUUUCUGACUACACUCCUAAUUCCCAUUCAACUAUAGUUCCUGGAAGACAGAAGUUAACUCCUGAUAAAGAGCAUGGUUUGAGUUCCAGCCCCAAAUCCUUCAAAUUAAUGAAUUUCUCUCCACCUUUGCAUAGACUCAUUGGGAUUAAAUAAGAUAAAUAUAGUAACAGCUAUCUUUCAUCCAGCACAUGUGUGACACAGGGAGUUUCUAAACAUUUAAACAUAUUAUCUCAUUUAAUUCUCAAAACAAUACUAUAAGGUAUUAAAAUUACUCUCAUUUUUUAGUUAAUGUUGCUAAGGUCCUCAACAUAGACUCUGCAACUAGUAAAUGCUCAGUAAGAAGUAGUUAUUCUUAAAAUUAUUAUUCUUCCAUUAGAAUUACACCCACCAAGAAUAUUUAUACAGACAGCUUUCUUUCCAGAGCAGAAACAGGCUUUGAUAGGCAGCCUUUUUUUGCUCAUAGUGUGAAGGACUCUCAUUCUUAAAAGGACUAAAAGAACAUCACACUUAAGAACAAAUUCUGGUGUCCACCUACACUGCCAUUCUCCUCUGCACCCAUGAUGCUAGACAUUGCUGGGUGCAGAUACCCAGCACAUAAAGGCAGUGUUGGAAGCAGAAGGAUAGGAAAGUAUGUGUAACAGGAAAGCCAAGACAAGCAACUGGGUGAAUUCAGUAUCUGAGCAAGACUUUUCCCUUUUGAAUUUACGUUUGUUUAAGUUUUAAUCCUAACCCACUUGAUUAAUUCAAUUCGGACUUUUUCCAUUUUGAAUUCUUAAUAUCACAACUUUAUUUCUUCAUUUCAUGAAGAGGGGAGACAUUGUAUUAUGGAAAAAGCCUUGGACCUGAAGCUAAUAUACGUGGUUUGUUAUUUCUCUUGUGUCACUAAAUAUGUGAUAUUAGCACUAAUCAAAAUUGUAUGUAUCUAUUUGAAAACACAAUCAAACUAUGUAAGACUAUAAGACUAGAUGUUCACAAAGAUACCUCCUAGAGAAAAAUUGUAUUUUGAAUAUUUUCUAUUAUCCUCAGUACAAAUGCUUAUGAAUCUCUUCAUCUUUAGUCAACGUAAGACUUAAAAUUGUUUCCAAUGACAACCACCUCACAAUUAUUAGUUGAGAAGAAACUAGCUCCAGGCUUCAAAUGAUCCAUCAUUUUUAGAAUUAUUUGUGUAUUUCAAUUCCCCAUUUGAUAUUCUUUAUAACUGAAAUAUGGGAGGAAUAUGAACUGUAGUAACUAAGGGUUUUUUUUUUACCUAUCUUUAUGCUGAUCAUUUAAUAUAAUAAACACAGAGAUAUCCAUUUCCCAUCUCCCUUUUGAACUGUACCAGUAUUUGCUUCACAUCAGCAUUCACUAUUUGCAAUUCAUAGAAUCACAUGGAAAAAAAAAAGUAUGUUGUUUUGCUUUUAAAGGUCUCACUAAUAUUUGGAUUUCACGGUUAUUGACUACAAAAAAACCCCACCUUUUGUAGUUUCCCUCAUUUUGGUAUUUCUAAUGAAUGUGGGUCUUAUUUUAUACCACAAGGAGCAGAAACCUAAUUCUCUCAAUGCAUUGAAAUUGUAAUCACUGUAAAUUUACAGUUAUUGGGAUCUUAGGUAUAGUCAUCCCAUGCUGUGUAUGACUAUAGGAGAUUUGUCCUUCUUCAUUCCAAACAAAGAAAGAAGAAAAUUAUCAGUUAGAAUGUUUGAUUGAAUUUUCAUUCAUUCAUUAUUUAUACUUAUUUGUUCAAUAUAUAUUUACUCAUUCAGUAGAUAUUUAUGUCUCCUGUGUACCAGAAAUUGUGCUAAGUACAAAGAAUAGAAAGUCAAAACAAAUUUGGUUCAUGGCUCCAUGGAGCUUAUGGUCUAAUAGGGGAGGAACAUGGGUAAAUCAAUUAUAGUGUCGUUAUAAUGCAAAUGCUGUGUCAAAGAGAUGCACAGCAGCCAUGGGAGCACAGAGGAGGAACAUCUUUCUUAUGAAGAUAAAAUCUUUCAAAGAUAUUUAUUAUUCAACAGGAUUUAUAUGUUACUUUAACAACUUUUUUUGCUUAUGCAUUCUUUAAGAGAGAUUUUAUUCAAAACACGAUGUCACAUAAAUACAUGAACUUAAAAAUAUCUAAUAAACAUUUGUUAUAUGCAAAGCUUUGGAUAAGUUAGCUUGCUGGCUGAAAGAAAAAAUGGAAUUCCUAUACAUAAGCACAGUAAAAAUUAAGAAAAUGAUAAUAAGUGACAAAUCAUUUGUUCCCAAAAAGAAUACCUGAAAAAAAAAAAAACCUGUUUUCAGAAACUGAAGGUCAAAUAGUGGCAAAGUACAUCAGAGAAAUGAGUUUCUUAAUCUUGUACAGCCAGAUUUGCUUACUGAACAUACAGCUUAUGACAAAAUAAUUGUGCAGUAAUUACUCUAAAAGAUGAGACAAAAUCAAGUUAAAAUGGAGCAAAUUACCUUUUGCAUUGUGGCCAAUGACAAUUAGUGACACAUUCAUGCUGUAAAAUAACCACUUUCUUUUUGUGAGAGGUGACCUAUUGCUCGAUGGUUAAGUAGUUCACUUCAUGGAAAAUCUUCUGCAAUCUUGUCUCUCAGAUGAAAUACAAAGUUUAUUAUUGCUACUGCUAUUAGUGGCAAUUUUAUAUUCAAUAAUGAAAAAGGUACAUAUCUUAAGCCAUGCAUGUGUAAGUGCAACGGUUAUUCCAGGUAAUGUUUACUGAGUGUUUGCUAUAUCCAAGGACUCUACCAGGCAAUUUGCCUGUAUCAAUUCAUUUUACAUGCACAAGUCUACCAUGGUGGCAUUUUUCUCAUUUUUUAGAUGAAUAGCUGAGACAUGGAGGGUUGGGGAUGUUGCCCAAAAGUUCCACAGAGAGCCAGAUGUAGAUCCAUGAUUUGAAACCAGGAGUGCUGUGUCCAGAGUGAGUGUUGUCAGACAGAACAAUGUGCCACGUGCCCCACAUAGUCCAGAAACCAGUGGAUGGUCCUCCAAUUUACAUUUUUUAAGUAAAAAAUUAUGACAUCAACAUCCAAAGGAAUUCUUCGCCCAUUUUUAAUUGUCUGCAUUAUCCUGGGCUGUUUCAUGGCAUGUCUUCUCAUUUACAUCAAGCCUACCAACAGCUGGAUCUUCAGUCCAAUGGAAUCAGCCAGCUCUGUGCUGAAAAUGAAAAACUUCUUCUCCACCAAAACUGAUUAUUUUAAUGAAACUACUAUUCUGGUGUGGGUAUGGCCAUUUGGGCAGACCUUUGACCUUACAUCCUGCCAAGCAAUGUUCAACAUCCAAGGAUGCCAUCUCACAACAGACCGUUCACUGUACAACAAAUCUCACGCAGUUCUGAUCCAUCACCGAGACAUCAGUUGGGAUCUGACAAAUUUACCUCAGCAAGCUAGGCCACCCUUCCAGAAAUGGAUUUGGAUGAAUUUGGAAUCACCAACUCAUACUCCCCAAAAGAGUGGCAUUGAGCACUUGUUUAACCUGACUCUGACUUACCGCCGCGACUCAGAUAUCCAAGUGCCUUAUGGCUUCUUGACAGUGAGCACAAAUCCCUUCGUGUUUGAAGUGCCAAGCAAAGAGAAGUUGGUGUGCUGGGUUGUGAGUAACUGGAACCCUGAGCAUGCCAGGGUCAAGUAUUACAAUGAGCUAAGCAAAAGUAUUGAAAUCCAUACUUACGGGCAAGCAUUUGGAGAAUAUGUCAAUGAUAAAAAUUUGAUUCCUACCAUAUCUACUUGUAAAUUUUAUCUUUCCUUUGAAAAUUCAAUCCACAGGGAUUACAUCACAGAAAAGCUUUACAAUGCUUUUCUGGCUGGCUCUGUACCUGUUGUUCUGGGGCCAUCUAGGGAAAACUAUGAGAAUUAUAUUCCAGCAGAUUCAUUCAUUCAUGUGGAAGAUUAUAACUCUCCCAGCGAGCUAGCAAAGUAUCUGAAGGAAGUCGACAAAAACAAUAAGUUAUACCUUAGUUACUUUAACUGGAGGAAGGAUUUCACUGUAAAUCUUCCACGAUUUUGGGAAUCACAUGCAUGCUUGGCUUGUGAUCAUGUGAAAAGACAUCAAGAAUAUAAGUCUGUUGGUAAUUUAGAGAAAUGGUUUUGGAAUUAAAAUCUUGUAUUACUUCCAUACUUGAUAAAUAUUUUGAUGAGAUAUCAUCCAAGUAUUGAGGAUUAGAAGAGAUACAACAUCCUACUUUUGUGUCACAAUUUAUUUUUAUUACCCUUUCUUGGGUAACAUGUAUAUUUUGGUGGAGAUUUUUAAAAGCUCAGCAUGAGCAAUCAUUCCAUUUCGUUUUAAAUUAUCCUGUAUAUACCUAAUUAUGUUCACUGGAGAGUAAUUUAUUCUUCAUUAUCAUUUGUAAACAUUGUUUUUUCACAUUUUUGUAGUUGUCCAUAUGUAAGCUUGUGAUUUGAUUAUUGUUUAUACUCCGAUCAGCUGUUUAAUCUAUUUGGGAAAUGAAGAUGAACAUCUUAAAGUAUGAAAACUUUUCACUAAGUAUUAUAAUGUCUACUUCCAAGUUUGCAUACUAUAACAAAGGAAGAAUAUAUUGCAAUUGAAUUCUAAUCUCUUUGACUCCAAAGUCAAACAAAGUGUAAACUGUCUCUAUUUGGUCUAUUUUUUACCUAUUUACCACAUGUGUGAAGGUGGAAUUACUCAUGGAGUGAAUAAGAAAGAUAUGAAGCAGAACUGUUCUGUUUAGUAAGCCAUUAGACUUCUCGUUUAUUUUCAUUAAGCUGAUUUACAGCUACUUAUUCUCAUGAUCUUAAGUUAAAUUAUUCAAGUAUUUUUAAAUAUCCAAUUUGUUGUGAUUUUCAGCACCUGGGAAGUAAUCCCAUUAAUACUCUAGCAAAUCUAAGGCAGUUCUCUUUCUGUUACUGAUAACAUUUAUUGUCAUACUAAAACAAAUAAUUUUCUCAUAUAACAAAGAAAAAUGAUAUCUAUAAAUAUAUUUCUAAAUGGUGUCAUUUAUGAACAAUGUUUAAUUACUUAUGAAUUUAAGAUAUUUUUCUGAAGCCCUAAUAUUUAAAAUGGUCUUAUUUUAUUAUAUGGAUAUAAGAUUUGGCUCACAAUGAUAAGCCCUAUAAUUUGAUUUGAGUUCUAUCAUUUAAGAGAGCCUAAAUACAAUUAUCAUCAAGGUGUUAAAUAUAAUAAAGUGGGGUUAUAUAGAAAACACACAGUGUUAACACAGAGUAGGAUCUCAAUGCAUAUUUGUUGAAUGAAUCAAUAAAUGCCAUUAAAUUCAUAGGAAAGUGUUUGUUUCAAGGAAGUGACAGUUCUACUUUAGAAGUACUAAUUGGGGAUGACUUUUAUAUUCCAUUUUGGUACUUAUUCAUACAUAGCACAUAGGACCAUGGUGUUCAGGGCUUUACAGAGCCAAGUAAACCUACCAUUACAUUAAAAUUUUGAAGGGUAUAUUCUUGAACUUGCAGCUGCCUUCUGCAUUCUCCUCCAUAAGGCUAGAGAAGGGGAGAGCUGGAUAUAAGCAGAAACAGUAGGUGAAAAAAAGAUGGGACACUAAGGAUUCUUCAAGAAAAGCAUCCCGCAAAAUAGAUAUUUAGUGUCUUUAUUCCAUUCAGGCCAAAAUCCAUCAAAAAAUUAGAAUGUCCUGAUGACAUUCAUUUGGGCCUAUUUGUGACUUAUUCCAGUAGUCCUAUUACAGUACAUGCUGGCAUCAGCUAAACUCAAAUAGAAUUCUGUAAAAGGGACAUAUGUCCAGCUAUCCAGACUAUCUUGUGAGAGAACAAGUUCACCCUAGCACCAGAAAUAUUUGAGCA